UAAAAGUUCCGAAUUCUUGUCUCUAUUACCAUUAUCUGAAAAUGGAAAUUAGCCUUAUAACUGCCACCACCUUACGCCAGCAACUUGAACCCUGCAAACGCCUGCUAGGCAUCCUUUUACGACCAACCUGCGUAAGCCUUUCUGUCAGCGAUGUUGCACUAGUAACGGCGAGUCCUGCGGGGGCAAUCCUCUUACGCAAUGGAAAAGUACCAGAACGCACCUUGCUGCGGCUAUUGGAACCGCACCAGAAUCAGAUAGCUGGCGUUGUAGUAGGCAGCGAACGGCAUCCGCACUGGCAGGACUUCCUGGCUGCUGCCCCAGCUGUGCAAUCCUUCCGCCAGGUGCACUCCCUGCUACACUCCGUCAGCCCCGGCCUGCCAUGUGCGUGGUGGGAUCGCUGGAGCCCUGAUGCCCCCGGCUCAUGCAGCCUGCUGGGAGCUGCCAUGCAACCCGGGAAAGCAGAACACAGCGAGAAAGGAGGAGGUGGAGGAGGGGAAGCUGAGGCGGUGGCGGCAGCGGGCAGGGCCGACCCAGGCAGCAGUAGGCCGGUGAGGAGGGCGGUAACCGGUGCCGGAGGCGGAGGCGGCUUGGGAGGGGUGCCAUGUAGCAUGGGAACCCUGUUUUUGCAGCACUACUUGGAUAGUGUGCGGGGUAUGAAGGAGGGGUCUGCAGGUGAGACAGGGGCCGUAUUGGGUGGGGCUGAGCAGGACGUGAAGGGGUAGCGGGGCAAACCGGGCGCAUAGUGUAACGCCAGAGGGCUGUACUAUAUGUCGGAAGCUGUGUGCGGUUACAGUAGGGUGUAAAGGAUACCACCGUUUUGGUGGGUGUUGCAGGGUGUGCUGAUGAGUAAAUAAUCCCUGUUCCUCUUUCGUAGCCCAGUAUGCUUGAGUCGUUGUACGGUUGGCGGUUCCGGCGGCACACGGGAUAUUGGAUGUGAGGGAUGUUUGCCGUUCACAAGUGAUGUCCUACGAACAUUUACUUACUAAUAUGGCCGCGCCGACCAGUUGAUAGGCGCUGUUGUUCACAGUCGCCAUCAAUCUGGCUUGGCUUGUAGACGAUUGCUAAUAGUUUCUGGCGCUUCGUUUCAUAGGAGGAGGGCGAAAGGUUGGCUGGGACGUAUGGUACAGCAGUUCGCUCCAUCCGCCUUCAGGUACCCAUUGAAUGAAUUGCGCUCUUUUCGGCUGACAUCUGUAUAAGAUCUUCCGUCCGAGCGGGUCGGUCUUGGUUUCUUCAAAUGUUACCAAGGAAAUUGCUGCCUGCUAGAUGACUAGCCAUAUAAGUGUUGGUCGUUUCCAGCGUUUCUAGCCAGGAGCAUUUAGUUAUGGGGCAUAUCGUUAUGAAUGUGGUAUGUGAAGCAUGAAAGGCAGUAAUGCGUUGCUAGAUCCGGAACGCAGUCCCGUACGUUGAGGUACCCAAGAGCUAGGAGGUCCAACCGACCGCAACAUGUAACAUGUCAUAUUACUAUGGAGGACGGCUAACAGAUAAAUUGUAGUUAGGGUUAUGGGUUAGUUGUUAGACCCAGUUCGCCUGACCGCAGGCGUAGUUUUCAUAAUGCGGCCCAACGUAGCAUACAAGUGCCACGGCUUUUGUCUGGCUGUUCUACUUAUAACCACUUGUAUUGAAGGCGCCAAGAGCCCUCCUCCACCUCCCGUCAGCACCCUAUUGCCGUACAGCAGUCUCCAGGAGUAUUUGAACAAUGAGCCGCAGCUCUCGCUGCUGUUGCAGCUGGCCAUUCCGUCAUACACAAUGCUGGCUCGAACGGAUUUGAUUGCCACUGUCUUCCUGCCAACUUCAGAUGCGGUUAGUAAAUACCUGUACGAGCAGUACGGUGUACAGGACCUGAGCGACCUCUGGUCUAACUCCCAACUAAACAUGGAACUGUUAGGGGCGUUCAACAGCCGAGUGCUGCCGUACCACAUGGUACCCCAGCAGCCGCUGCUGAGCACUCAGCUGCUGGCGGGGGUGCAGCUGGUGACUUCGCUGGGGCCGCAAGUGGGGGUGCUGAGGCCGACAGCGGGGUCGCUGGCGGUGCAGGGCGCCCGCAACAGCGCCAACGUGGUGAAGGCCAACCAGCUGAUUGCUAAUGGGAAUGUGGUGUGCCACUUGUUAGAUGCGGUGCUGCUGCCGCCACUGCAGCCGGCCCCUCCUCCCCCAAUCGCGGCAGCAAAGAAACCGCCGCCGCCUCCUUCACCGCGGCGAUCCCCCAAGCCGCCCCCUCCCUCCCCACCACCACCGCCGCCGCCCCCUCGAAAACGCUCGCCACCUCCACCACCUCUCAGACCCUCACAACCACUACCCCUGGCGCCCUCCUCACCGCUUCCCUCGCCCUCCCCACCACCGCCGCCUACCGCCAAACGGAAACCGCCGCCACCCCUUCCGCAACCGCCACCACCCUCGCCCAGCCCCAAAUCUCCUCCCCCGAUGGGUCCGGCUGCCCGGCCCAGACCCAGCCCACCGCCGCGCCCUCCGCCGCCUUCCCCGCCGCCGUCCCCACGGCCCCCCUCCCCACCUCCUUCCCCGCCUCCGCCUAGUCCCAAGCCCGUUUCCAAGAAGCCGCCGCCUCCGCCCGCACCCUCACCCUUUCCCCCGCCUGCGCCUUUCAAAGCUCUGGACCUGCCUGCCGACCUGGCGAACUUCGCCUCCCUGUCCGACCAGCUGCUGGCGGCGCUGAGCGGGGCGACGGACAGCAGCAGCAGCAGCGGCGGGGUGGUAGGAGCAGUAGGAGGGAGCCUGGCGCAGCAGAACCAAACGCUGCAGCUGCUGGCGGCGCUGAACCCCUACCUGGCCGCCUACCUCACCCGCAACACCACAAACGUGGCAACACUGCUCCUGCCCUCAGCCGAGGCAUUCUCCUCCUACCUAGCCCAAGCCGGCGACCUAACCUCGCUGAGCCUGUCCGAUCAGCUCUCCCUCUACCGCCGCACCCUCACCUGUCUGGCCUACCUUGGGGUGCCGGGCGGUGCCAGCAAGCGCACCCUGCAUGCGGCCGACCUGCGCACGGCGGCGCUGGCUGCGGGCAGCGGCGGUGCGGUGCUGUCGACCCUGGUCUCCUCGUACACGCUGCGGGUCACACCCAAGACGGGGUCUGGCGUCCAGAUCUGGGACUCGUACGGCAAUGCCGCGUCCAUACUUCAGGCGGACUUGGCUCUAGGAGAGCGUCUGGUGGUCCACCUGAUCGACCGGGUGCUGCAGCCGCCCCCGGACGCAACCAUACCGCUGGCCGGACCCAAGCCGCAGGUGCGCACCUUCCCCAGCCUGCUGUCUUGGCUGGCUGAUCCCGCCAAUGUGGACGCCACGCUGUGGCACGUGCUGUCGGUGCUGCUGCCGGAGGGGGUGCUGGCGCAGCUGGGCGACCCGGGGCUGGUGGCCACGUUGUUCCUGCCGGAUGCAGAUCUGCUGCUGCGCAGCCCUGCAGUGCUGGAGGCGCUGUCCUCCUUCGCUCCGCCGCUGUCCGGUCCGCUGCUGGCGGCGGUGCUGCAGGCGCACUUGGUACCCGGCUGGGCGCUGAGCGGGGCGGACCUGGCGGCGGCGGAGGGCGGCAUGGUGCUGAUCAGCGGGGCGGACACAGCCAUCAGCGUAGGCCAGCGGGAGGACGGGACUGUCACGGUUGACGGCAUGCCAAUCAAGUACUUCAAUCGCACAGCGGGAAAGGUUGUCAUCCACAUCAUAUCCGGUGUGCUGCCGCUCAUGGACAUCGGACCUGUCAGCGAGCCCCUAGUCGCGCCCUCCUCGCCCUCCUUGCCGCCACCUUCGCCACCACCGCCUAAGUCCUCGAGCAAGCCACCACCGUCGCCUUCCCCUCCCGCAAAGUCCCCGCCACCACCACCGCCACCCUCCCCUUCCCCCAAGCCGCCACCGCCGCCAUCUCCUUCCCCAAAGUCACCACCACCACCACCACCACCGCCAUCCCCUUCCCCCAAGCCUCCUCCGCCCAAGCUAGCUACCAGCCCCAGCCCGGCCCCCAGUCCAAGCCCCCCACCUCCGCCUAGCCCCGACCUGGCCUUUGCCUCCCUGCCGCAGGCCCUAUCUGGGCUGCCGGAGCUCUCCUACCUGGCGGCCAUGUACGACCUGGCGGGAAGCAGCGCCACCUUUAAUGCCAUCCUAGCCGCCUCCCUGACCCGACCCUACACCCUGUUCCUACCCAACGACCAGGCGCUGCGCCCGCAUCUCAACCUGAGCAGCGCCAACCCCGUUCUGGGAGCCCUGGGCAAACAAGUGGCGGCUGACUGGCGGGUGCUAGUCAACCUGCUCAGCCCCUUCACGCUGCAGGGCCGGCGGCUGCUGGCAGCGGAUCUCGGCUCCGGAACCACCAUCAGCACCAGUCUGGCGGGGGCACCGGGGGCGGUGCUGCAGGUCCAACGAGACACCGUUAGCACCCCAAGUUCGUCCCAGACGUUCGUACGGCUGACUCGUGCUGACAGCGACACCGUUGCCACGCUGGUCCGAUGUAAUGUGGCGGUGGGCAGUAAACAGGGUGUCAUACAUGUGGUCGACGCUUUCAUCGGCCCGGCGUAAGCAGCGUACCCUGCUAGCUAGCUGCGUGCAAGACCUGCCCCGCUUCGGAGGUCCCGGAGUGGUGCGGUGCAUGCAUUCCGCCGCACCUAAAAGAGACGCAGAGAAAUGCGUCCCGUGCCAAACCGCCGGUCAAGCCGCGUGGGGCAGCUUGGCGAUUCUCCGCACAUGAGAUGAGCUACACCGUGAGGAUCGCCCCUUCAGCGGCGGUACGCCUGGCAGCAGUGGCAUGCAUCGAAAUCUUCAAGUUGGCGUCUGGAACGGCGGGGUGGGCUACAAUACGCAGUUAUUGCGCUUGCGUGGGGCUGGGCCGUGGGCGAUGUGAAGCGCUGUGAUAGGAAUGAAUGUGGCGUUAGGGCUUACAGCCGUCUCCGACCAAGCUGAUUGCCUGUAACGGGAAGGCAGAGACCAGAUGCCUACCGGUGUGCUUUACACGUGCCGGGCAUGGGGAUCAUGCAACAGGAGGGGAACGCAAUGAGGUAAUUCCGUUUAAGGCGGGUCAUUUCUAGAUGCUGACCCGUGGGUCUGUGGGAGGCUUCCAAACUCUUUGGCUUAGAGUGGUGAUACAUAUGGGCAUGGAUCUAAGCAGCGGCCUUUUAAUACCCAAUUCGACCGAGUAUUAGCUUGUUCAGUUCUGAAGACCCUUUACGUAGGCUUGGCGUAGGGUUUGGCACGUAUUAGGGUUUUUUCAUGGUCAGAUUAAUCACGGCGUUGUGGCGCGGCUCCGGAGUCCGGGCAGCAUAUUCAUUUGCAGACAUAUCCGUACAACCUGGGCAGAAAGGAGAGCUUAGAAGCGGAUCUAUCAGAGUAGAAACCUAGGUUUCUGUUUGUGUGGCUCUUGGCUGGCUGUUGCAUGGAGCUGUCGUACAUGCAUGCGUACGGCCGUUACUGAUGAAUGGCCGAAUGUCCUUGUCGGUUCAGCAUUUACGUAGAGCAGCUGUGUGACUAAGACGCAGGAUGGCUUUAUAUCACGUCGAUUGUACGACAUUCGCGUAGAGGAAUGUAAAAGGGUUGGAGACGG